AUGGUUCUAGUCACAGUAUUUGCCAUAAAUGAGAUCAACAGAAACCAAGAACUUCUUCCAAAUAUCACUUUGGGGUUCAAAAUAUAUGAUUCCUGCUAUUCAGAAGUGAAAGCACUAGAAGGCAUCUUGUGGCUGCUGUCAAGAAAGUCAGAGCCGGUACCAAAUUACAGCUGUCAAUCAAACACAAGGCUGGCUGCAGUGCUUGGGGAAGCAGCUUCAGGAUCCUCCCUUCCUAUGGCUCGAAUUCUAGGGAUCUAUAGGUACCCACAGAUUAGCUAUGGCUCAGUAGUUUAUCGUCUGAGUGACAAAAGAGAGUUUCCAUCUUUUCUGCGGACUGUACCAAAUGACAAUGACCAUGCCAAUAGCCUUUCCAAGAUGCUGAUGCACUUUGGAUGGACAUGGACAGGAGUAAUAGCUUCUGAUAAUGACUAUGGGUCAUUGGGGGCACAAGCCCUGAAAAAAGAGCUCACAAAAAUUGGAGGUUGCAUUGACUUUUUGGAGCUUAUCCCUCUGCAAAACUACACGGAAAAGAUCCUCUCCAUUGUGGAAGUAAUCAAGCAGUCAACAGUGAAAGUGAUUGUGCUGUAUUCCAGUAUGCCACAGCUAAUUCCUUUGAUGGAAGAAGUUUCAUUCCAGAAUAUGACAGGGAGAGUGUGGAUAGACAGCACAACAUGGACAAUUUCACCAAUCUUUUUCCGUAAAGAAAUAUGGACAACAUUAAAUGGUACUGUUGGCUUGGCAAUCCAUAAAGGUGACAUCCCUGGAUUUAGAGACUUUCUUUAUAGCAUUCAUCCUUCUAUAUCAAAAGAUGAUAUUUUCAUCACAUGGUUCUGGGAAGCAGUUUUUCACUGCUGGUGGCCUACCUCUAGUAUGCAAACAAUACAGCCAAAUGCAUCAAACCAAGAGCUUCCCAUGUGCACAGGGAGAGAGAAGUUAAGGGAGUUGGAUACCUCAGUAUUUGAUGUGUACAACUUCAGGCUAAGCUACAGUACCUACAAUGCAGUGUAUGCCUUGGCUCAUUCCCUGAGUAAUCUAUUAUCAUGCAUUUCUGGAAGUGGUCCCUUCAGUAAUACAACUUGUGCAGAUAUUUACAGUUUUCAACCAUACCAACUUCUUCACUAUGUGAAAAAUAUUAACUUCAGGAAUAAUGUGGGGGAGGAUGUAUUCUUUGAUAAAAAUGGUGAUCCCCCAGGAUUCUACGACAUCUUGAACUGGCAGUUAUAUGAAAAUGGUUCCAACAGUUAUGUGAAAGUUGGGAGAGUAGACCCCCAUCCAAUCAAAGGUCAACAAGUCUUUAUUGAUGAGGCCCUUAUUCACUGGGGAGGAGGCUUCACAACAGUUCCGUCAUCCAUAUGCACAGAAAGCUGCACUACAGGGUACAGAAAAGCCACACAGCAAGGCAAACAAAUUUGUUGUUUUGACUGUAUUCCAUGUUCAAAGGGGAAGAUCGCAAACCAUACAGAUACUACAGAUUGUAUUGAAUGCCCACAUGACCACUGGCCUAAUGAGAAACGAGACAAGUGUCUUCCAAAAGUCAUUGAAUUUCUAUCCUAUGAAGAACCACUGGGCAUUGCUUUGGCAGCCAUUACAGUUCUGUUUGCCUCCAUCACAUCGUGUAUUGCUUUCAUCUUUGUGAAGUAUCGUGACACUCCAAUUGUUAGAGCCAAUAAUCGGGAACUCAGCUACCUUCUCCUGCUGUCCCUUCUCUUCUGUUUCAUGUGCUCCUUGAUAUUCAUUGGUCAGCCAAUGAAGACAACAUGCAUGUUACGACAAACAGCCUUUGGCAUCAUAUUUUCUGUCUGUAUCUCUUGCAUCACAGCAAAGACUGUCACUGUAGUUAUUGCUUUCAAUGCCACCAAUCCCAACAGCAAACUGAGAAAAUGGGUGGGGUCUAAGACACCAAGCAUUAUUGUCAUAUUCUGUACAAUUGUUCAAGUUGUUCUGUGCAUUGCUUGGUUAAUCCUAUCCCCACCAUUCCCAGACAACAAUAUGACAUCACAAGAUGGCAAGAUCAUUAUUGAAUGUAAUGAAGGGUCUAUCAUCACUUUUUAUUGCAUGCUAGGAUAUAUGGGAUUUCUAGCCACUGUGAGCUUUUUAGUAGCAUUUCUAGCUAGAACACUCCCUGACAGUUUUAAUGAGGCAAAAUUUAUCACUUUCAGCAUGCUUGUGUUUGCUAGUGUCUGGAUCUCCUUUAUUCCUGCUUAUUUAAGUACACGAGGAAAGUAUAUGGUUGCUGUUGAAAUCUUUGCUAUUUUGUCAUCAAGUGUUGGACUACUAGGCUGCAUUUUCUUUCCUAAAUGCUACAUUAUUUUGCUGAAGCCAGAACUGAAUACCAAAGAAAAUUUAAUAGGGAAGGCAAACUUUACCCACAAAAAAUGA